CUUAUCAUGUAAUCGGAGCAUGCGAUCUUAACAAUGUCAUCCCCGGGGGAAGGACCCUCAGACUCGCAAACCUCCCGGAACGGGAGUACCCGGAAAAACAAAGUAGCAAGUCGGGAAAACGGAAUAGUCAUGAGGAACUGGAGUUCGCGAAGCUCAGCUCGCCCGAUGCCGAUUCCACUAAAGUCUCUCAACGAAGGCCAUAGGAUGGACCCACAGGAAAGGAUCUUCCUAGAGGCCGCAGAACGAGGGGAUAAACACACUAUAAUGCGUUGCUUGCAGGCUCAGCCACAUGUUAAUAUAAAUUGUACCAAUAUUUUGGGAAGAUCUGCUAUUCAAAUUGCGGUUGACAACGAAAAUAUUGAAAUUGUCGAGCUGUUACUAAAACAAGAUGGCGUUAAAAUUGGUGAUGCGUUGUUGUAUGCCAUCCGUGAAGGAGUGUACCGUAUUGUGGAAAUGCUUAUCAAUCACCCGAGUAUUAGCCGCCAUAUGCUCGGGCCAGAAUGGGCAAAGACUAAGAUUCAGGGAGAUGAGAGUUCUGAUUACUCUCCUGAUAUAUCCCCCAUCAUUCUAGCAGCUCAUUGUAAUCAAUUUGAAAUCUUACAACUUCUUUUAUCUCGGGGUGCGCGAAUAGACAGACCGCAUCAAUUAUCUUGUUCUUGCACGAGGUGUCGUGAACAAGUGAGUGACGAUAGUUUACGACAUUCGCUACUGAGAAUACACACAUAUAGAGCGUUGGCAAGUCCAGCGUGGAUCUCGCUAACCUCCCCAGAUCCCAUAUUAACAGCUUUUAAGCUUUCAUGGGAGCUAGAACUCCUGGCCAAUAAAGAAAAUGAGUUUAAAGAUACAUAUGUUGAGCUGAGUGAGAAUUGUAAAAAGUAUGCAUGUGACCUUCUUGACCAAUGUAGAAGUAGUGAAGAAGUUAUCGCGGUGCUGAAUAAAGGAGACGGACCGGAUGAUGACCCUGUCCUUGACCCUGAGAAACUAACCCUUGCCAGGUUAAAACUAUCGCUGAAGUAUGAACAAAAACGGUUUGUAUCUCAUCCCCACUGCCAGCAACUACUAGCCUCGAUUUGGUACGACGGGUUACCCGGAUGGCGAAAACGUCAUACGUUUACAAAGUUCUUAAUUUGCCUCGGACUUAUUUGCAUUUGGCCGUUCAUGGCAGUGUACUACCUGUUCUUUCCAAAAAGUCAGAUGGGGCAGAUGAUACGAACUCCGUUCAUGAAAUUUCUUUAUCACAGUACUUCCUUUGUUGUAUUUCUUCUAUUGCUAAUCCUUGCCUCUACUGAGAUAAGCAGUAUUGACGGACGGGGAAUGAGUAGAGGACCCCCACCGUCUCAACUUGAGUGGCUCAUCACAUUCUGGGUGAUAGGUUUCAUCUGGAGUGAAUGUAAACAGCUUUGGGAGGAAGGACUGAAAGCGUACAUCCGUCAGUGGUGGAACUGGUUGGACUUUAUAAUGCUUGCCCUCUAUCUAUGCACUUUCUCCUGCAGAAUAGUUGGAUAUAUUCAACUGGAAUUUUGGCCAGAGAGAUAUGGCCCCAGGGAUAUGCUCAGGAGCGAUUGGCCCCACAACGACCCAACGUUAAUCUCAGAAGGAUUGUUUGCGAUUGCUAAUGUGUUUAGCUUCGCAAGGUUUAUAUACUUAUUCCUACAGCAUCCUCAUUUGGGGCCACUACAGAUUUCAUUAGGUUGUAUGCUCAUAGAUAUCGCAAAGUUUCUAUUCAUCUUCUUCCUUGUGCUUAUAUCAUUUGCCUGUGGUCUGAACCAGCUAUAUUGGCACUAUGGGAACGAAGAUAAUCUUGCCAGCGACGCCUUCCUAACACUUCCAAGUACAUUAACGACGCUGUUUUGGUCAUUAUUCAGUAUCACUCAUAUUACUGAUGUCGUAAUUGAUGCUCCAAAUCUCCAUAUACCACAGUUAAUGGGUAGCUUACUCUUUGGGGCUUAUCACGUUGCAUCAAUAAUUGUGCUGCUGAAUAUGCUUAUUGCGAUGAUGAGCAAUUCAUUCAAUUCAAUAGAGGAUCAUGCUGAUAGGGAAUGGAAAUUUGCAAGAUCUAAACUUUGGAUGGGAUACUUUGACGAGGGAUCCACAAGUCCAACUCCUUUUAAUCUGAUUGUUAGUCCGAAAUCUGUUUACUUUUUCCUGAAAGCCACAAAAGAUUUCUUAUGCAAAUGUUGUAGUCGUGAAGAGCCAAAGUUACGAAGGCAGUCCAUGGGAACUAUUAAGCAUGAUGCAAAUAGUAAUAAUCAUGUCAACUCUAUUGCUAGUGAGAGGCCGAAGUACACACCAAAUAGUGAGACAACUUCAGUGCAAACAACAGAAGACAUACCAAAAUAUGAGGACAUAAUGGCGAGACUCGUAAGUCGGUAUAUUCAUCAGUUCAAGAAAAACUUACGGAACCAGGAGGUCAAUGAGGACGAUCUUCUCGAAAUAAAACAAGAUAUUUCUAGUUUACGAUAUGAAUUGCGUGAAGACAGAAAACGCGAGACUGCAAGAGCAACAGGGCAUAUUGACAAUCUGAAGCGGGACAUAAUGAGGAGUUUAAAACCUGGAUUACAUUCCAACAUGAACGGAAUCCCUGGGAAUCCACCAAUAAGCCCCACAUCUUCUUUCAAUUCGGGGAUACCAUAUACUAUAUCAGGGAAUGUGAUGUCACAACAGGAACUAGAUUAUUUAAAACGUGAAAUAACUAUGGAAUUGAAACACGAAAUUCGCGAGGCAGUUGGGGAGAUCGUUGAGGCUAUGAAUACUAAUGCCAUGAACAAUUCAACAGCUCCAGCUCUGCCAUCAAAUAGCAAUGAUCUAUACCACACCCAUCUGUAUACUCAACUAUGAAUCAUCUAUUUUUGUCAUUAUUUCAAGAAAUAAUGAUGAUGUAUAUUUUGAUAUUGGAUUUGUCUACAAUUACAAAUGUGCAUCGUAAUAUGUAGAUUUUCUUGUCAUUUUGACAAAUUAGAUUACGUGCGACGGAUAAUUACAGUUUUAAGAUUUUGUCUAUUUAGCAUGAACAUUAAAGUAGUCCAAAAUAUAACAAAUGACCAACUUGAUAUUUAUUUAUGCAAUGGAUACACGCAUUAUAACUAAAAUGGACAUUAACUGACUUAACUGUAUAUGUUUUAAAGAGAACCUGUACGUGGUUCCUGGUGAUUACUGUCUGUUUGUGUUACGUACAAGCUUUCUUGCAAACGUGUUACUACCAAACCUCUCUUACGUAGAGUUUGCAGACCUGUGGAUAAAAGAAUUGACCUAGAAAGUUGGAUAGAUACAUAUACGUGAUUUGCCAAUAGAAAAACCAUUUGGCAUUAUUUUACCUCAUACAUAAAUGCAGGAAUAAUGAAAUUAUGGCUAGAUAUUAACAUUUCUACAUCGAGAAAUAGCAUGAACAGGAAUGGCUUGUAACUGUGAUAGAUAACAGUUGAGAAUGAAAAUUUUGAAAACUGUUGUGUAUGCUCCUAUGCACUAAAGGUUUAUAUAUUGUAUGUAUAAUAUCUAUUUUAUCCAUAUUUGGAGAUUACUAAAACAUUGCUCUGCAAUGAUAUAUUAAAGUAGGAUAAUACUAAAUAGAUGUCGUUGGGAAACAGAGGGACAUUUGAUGUCUGCAAGUCUCAAAGUCUUCAAUUAAAAAGGAAACAGUAUAUUAAAAUAGGAUAAUAUAUGUCGACAUGGGACAGUUGAAACAUUUUAAAAUGUCAACAAAAGUCGAUACCUCAAAAAUUAAAUAGC